CAAUCUAGUUUCAACAUACAAUGAGGAUUUCUGUCUGAUACAGAGAAGGAUACACAGUGGCUGGAGGGUCUGUCUUAAGAAGUGCCCUUGAAGUCGGCUGGGAUUUCCUUUCGGGACUCACAGAGGGAAGCCUGCUCCCUGAGGGCUUUUUCUGAGGCCCAGUAGCUCUAGGUAAUCAUUACCAAAUGAGGAGGAAAGGACGAUGUCAUCGAGGCUCUGCAGCGAGGCAUCCUUCCUCCCCGUGCAGUGUUAAACACUCCCCCACGCGAGAAACGCUGACCUACGCUCAAGCUCAAAGGAUGGUAGAGAUAGAAAUUGAAGGGCGCUUGCACAGGAUCAGUAUUUUUGAUCCCCUGGAGAUCAUAUUAGAAGAUGACCUCACGGCUCAAGAGAUGAGUGAAUGCAACAGCAAUAAGGAAAACAGCGAGCGGCCCCCUGUCUGCUUAAGAACUAAGCGUCACAAAAACAACAGAGUCAAAAAGAAAAAUGAAGCCCUCCCCAGCGCCCACGGCAUGCCGGCCUCGGCCAGCGCCCUUCCAGAGCCCAAGGUGCGCAUCGUGGAGUACAGCCCUCCGUCCGCCCCCAGGAGGCCUCCGGUGUACUACAAGUUCAUCGAGAAGUCGGCCGAGGAACUGGACAACGAGGUGGAGUACGACAUGGACGAGGAGGACUACGCCUGGCUGGAGAUCGUCAACGAGAAGCGCAAGGGCGACUGCGUCCCCGCCGUGUCGCAGAGCAUGUUUGAGUUCCUGAUGGACCGCUUCGAGAAGGAGUCGCACUGCGAGAACCAGAAGCAGGGCGAGCAGCAGUCUCUGAUCGAUGAGGACGCCGUGUGCUGCAUCUGCAUGGACGGGGAGUGUCAGAACAGCAACGUGAUCCUCUUCUGCGACAUGUGCAACCUGGCCGUGCACCAGGAGUGCUACGGGGUGCCCUACAUCCCCGAGGGCCAGUGGCUCUGCCGCCACUGCCUGCAGUCCCGGGCCCGGCCCGCCGACUGUGUGCUGUGCCCCAACAAGGGUGGUGCCUUCAAAAAGACAGAUGACGACCGCUGGGGUCACGUGGUGUGUGCCCUGUGGAUCCCAGAGGUCGGCUUUGCCAACACGGUGUUCAUCGAGCCCAUUGACGGGGUGAGGAACAUUCCCCCAGCCCGGUGGAAACUGACAUGCUACCUCUGUAAGCAGAAGGGCGUGGGUGCCUGCAUCCAGUGCCACAAAGCAAACUGCUACACAGCAUUCCAUGUGACGUGUGCCCAGAAGGCUGGCCUGUACAUGAAAAUGGAGCCCGUGAAGGAACUGACUGGUGGUGGCACCACCUUCUCCGUCAGAAAGACCGCUUACUGUGAUGUCCACACACCUCCAGGCUGCACCCGGAGGCCUCUGAAUAUUUACGGGGAUGUCGAAAUGAAAAAUGGCGUCUGUCGAAAAGACAGCUCGGUCAAAACGGUCAGGUCCACAUCCAAGGUCAGGAAGAAGGCAAAAAAGGCUAAGAAGGCUCUGGCUGAGCCCUGCGCGGUCCUGCCGACUGUGUGCGCUCCUUACAUACCCCCGCAGAGGUUAAAUAGGAUUGCGAAUCAGGUGGCCAUUCAGCGGAAGAAGCAGUUUGUGGAGCGAGCCCACAGCUACUGGCUGCUCAAGCGGCUGUCCAGGAAUGGUGCCCCCCUGCUGCGGCGGCUCCAGUCCAGCCUGCAGUCUCAGCGAAGCUCACAGCAGAGAGAAAACGAUGAGGAGAUGAAGGCUGCCAAAGAGAAGCUGAAGUACUGGCAGCGGCUGCGGCACGACCUGGAGCGCGCCCGCCUGCUGAUCGAGCUGCUGCGCAAGCGGGAGAAGCUCAAGCGUGAGCAGGUGAAGGUGGAGCAGGUUGCCAUGGAGCUGCGGCUGACCCCGCUGACGGUGCUGCUGCGUUCAGUGCUGGACCAGCUGCAGGACAAGGACCCCGCCAGGAUAUUUGCGCAGCCCGUGAGUCUGAAGGAGGUACCAGAUUAUUUGGAUCACAUUAAACAGCCCAUGGACUUUGCCACGAUGAGGAAACGGUUAGAAGCUCAAGGGUAUAAAAACCUCCAUGAGUUUGAGGAGGAUUUUGAUCUCAUUAUAGAUAACUGCAUGAAGUACAAUGCCAGGGACACCGUGUUCUAUAGAGCCGCGGUGAGGCUGCGUGAUCAGGGAGGUGUUGUUCUGAGGCAGGCCCGGCGCGAGGUGGACAGCAUCGGCUUGGAGGAGGCCUCGGGGAUGCACCUGGCUGAGCGGCCUGCUGCGGCGCCGCGGCGGCCUUUCUCCUGGGAAGACGUGGACAGGUUGCUGGACCCCGCCAACAGAGCCCACCUGGGCCUGGAGGAGCAGCUGAGAGAGUUGCUGGACAUGCUCGACCUCACCUGCGCUAUGAAGUCCAGUGGCUCCCGGAGCAAGCGGGCAAAGCUGCUCAAAAAGGAAAUUGCCCUUCUCCGAAACAAGCUGAGCCAGCAGCACAGCCAGCCCCCGCCCGUGGGGCCAGGCUCGGAAGGCUGUGAUGAGGACGGAGCUCCGCUGGGGCUGGAGGCGGGCGAGGAAGUCCUUCCGAGGUUGGAGACUCUUCUGCAGCCAAGGAAAAGGUCGCGGAGCACAUGCGGAGACUCCGAGGUGGAGGAGGAGUCCCCAGGAAAGCGCCUGGAUGCAGGUCUCACCAACGGCUUUGGGGGUACGAGGAGCGAGCAGGAGCCAGGCGGCGGCCUGGGAAGGAAAGCCACACCCCGACGACGCUGCGCCUCCGAGUCCAGCAUCUCCUCCAGCAACAGCCCGCUCUGCGACUCGAGCUUUAGUGUGCCCAAAUGUGGGCGGGGCAAACCGGCUCUUGUGCGAAGGCACACGCUGGAGGACCGCAGUGAGCUGAUCUCCUGCAUCGAGAACGGGAACUACGCCAAGGCGGCCAGGAUCGCAGCCGAAGUUGGCCAGAACAGCAUGUGGAUCUCCACCGAUGCUGCCGCCUCAGUGCUGGAGCCCCUGAAGGUGGUGUGGGCCAAGUGCAGCGGCUACCCCUCCUACCCAGCACUGAUCAUUGACCCCAAGAUGCCGCGUGUGCCUGGCCACCACAACGGCGUCACCAUCCCGGCCCCACCCCUAGACGUGCUGAAGAUUGGGGAGCACAUGCAGACCAAGUCCGACGAGAAGCUGUUCCUCGUUCUCUUUUUUGAUAAUAAGAGAAGUUGGCAGUGGCUUCCUAAGUCCAAAAUGGUUCCCCUUGGUAUUGACGAAACUAUAGACAAGUUAAAGAUGAUGGAAGGGAGGAACUCCAGCAUCCGGAAGGCCGUGCGGAUCGCUUUUGACCGCGCUAUGAACCACCUGAGCCGCGUCCACGGGGAGCCGACCAGCGACCUCAGUGACAUUGACUGACGGCCCGGCUGCCAGCGCGGGUCUUGUCCAUAGUGUUGAUAAGCUGUACAUGUUUGUAUAUUGUUCAAAACUUAACUUAUUCUGGUUUUUAGUUGUAGCUCUUUAAUUCUUUUUCCCCAGGGAGGGGGAGGUUUUAUUUCCACGUUUUCUAGGAACCCAUCUCCGUCUGGGCGCUGUGAGUGGGGUGGGCGCGUCCGGGCAGCGCAGUGCGUCUGUCACACGACCCCGGGCCGUGCUGCUGGCGUCACUGUCUUUGACAUGUAGCUUUUUCUUAAAGACUUUUGAAUGUUUAAUAAUUUUGUAAAUCAUCCUCUUUACACAGAGUACCACUUAUUUAAUAAGACGGGAUGUAAAUUUACAAUGACAAAUGUGUAUUUUAAGAAAGAAAAGGACAUUAUUUUGAAUGGUACUUUGUGAAAAGGGGAGAAUAAAGUUAUGCUGUGCACAUCACUUGCAGAUCACCAAAAACGCCCGCUGCCCGCGCCCGCUGUCCCGCCCGCCUCCACCCCGCAGGUGUGCCUCCCAGCGGAUUAUUUAUUGUAGAAAGUGUAUUCAUUUGCUUUAUAAUGAAAAAUACAUUUGCAAAGGUAUAUUGAUAUGCAUUUUUAUACAGGCACAUAAAAAUUCAACUCGGCUUGGGAGCAGAAUGCAUUGCGUUGUAUAAAUGACUCUGGCCUGUGUGUACUUUGAUUUUAUAACUUGUAAUCUUUUGUUUACAAUGAGGGGCUUUCUGUAACUUGUUUUAAUUUAGAACACUUUGGUAGCAAUAGAAACUUUGGAUACAUUUUUGUAUGGUACAUGUGAUGUAUAUAGAAUUAGUACUUUAUUUUUAUUUUUAAGAGGUAAAGCAUUAUGUUGGGGAAAGUAGGGUGGGUUUCCAAAUUUGCAUUUUUUAUAUUAAAAAUAAAGUCAAGAUUUGGA